AUGGAACAACAGCAAUCUGCUUAUGUACCUGAGGAAAACCCUCGUGUAUAUACAAUGUUAUCUAAUGUGUCACCUACUACAAAUAAUGAGAUACCUUAUGAGCAGCAAAUCGUCUAUUACAAUCCACCAGUGAAUUAUCAAACAUUUAAUAAUGCACAAUCAUAUCCUUAUCCACAACAACUACCAAAUGGUCAAAUAGUCAAUCAGUUCUCAUCAAACAAUCUAGCAGCCAAACAGCAUCAACAACAACAACAACAACACACAGUGUCUUCGAUAAACAUGACUAAUGCACAAAUACAACAAUCAAUGAUGCAUUCCAACAUGAAUCAACAGCAAAUAGCAUUAUCAUACCAACCACCAGUUAAUUUAAUGGCACCUCCUCCUCAUUCAUCGAUGAUUAAUCCAACAGGAUCAUCAACUCCAAUAUCAGCCACAACCAAGAGAGGUCGUAAUGAUACCAGUGGUGUCUCUGAAUCUAAUGUGCAACUACGACCUCAAUACUCACAACCAACACGUAUUUUUAACUCAAACAAUACGCCUAACAAACGCUUGCGUGGAGCUAAUCAACAAAGAAAUCAAGUUCCCACCACAAAUCAAUUUGGUCAAAAUAUACCGAUACAUUUUCAACAAAAUGUUGCGGAAACACGAGUACCAGGUGGUACAACUGGCAACGAACAUGUAGUCUCUAAUGCUGCGUGUCGAUUUGCCGCAUCUCGUUAUCCAUUUGCUCCGUUUUCGGUGAUUUUUACGCAAGAAGUGCGUGAGAAGAUAGUGGUUGAAGAUCUAAUCAAACAUGCAUCAGAUAAAUGGAAUUUUGAACUAAAAACAAUAGCAUACCGGAAAGGAAGAUCAGAAAACAAUGAACAUCGCAUACUGAUAUUCGUAGAAAAUAGUGAAUCGUUCGUUUUUCUACACAAUCAUAGCAACUGGCCUGAAACAUUAGCUGAUUAUCAAUUCACAAUAAAAAGUCCAUCAAUUCCUCCACAACUAGCGCUAGUUAUUCCAUCUGUUUCACUAGAGAUCGACUGGGACGAGUUCGUACAAGAAUUGAAAGAAAAGUAUCCAGAUAUAGCAAAUAUUAUCCGUUUAAAAAAUAAAGCACAACAGCCGGUACGAGCAGUCAAAUUGGAAUUUACGUCGUCUAAACUACGUGAUGAAAUACUAACAGCAGGUGUAAUCUCGAUUUUGCAUAUGAAGCUGAAGGUAGUGGAAUAUUACGCGCAAGCAAAUGUAUUAAUUUGCUCCAAUUGCUAUGGAAUUGGACAUUUCAGAAAAAAUUGCGCACAGAAAAAUGAAUCAACAUGCAAGACCUGUGGAGAGAAAUGUGUUAACCUGAAAGAUCAUCAAUGCUCGGGUGUGUUAAAAUGUAUACAUUGUGGAGGAGCUCAUGUGUCAAAUGAUACCAAAUGCAAAGUAGUGAAAGAUUAUCGUGCUGUUCUUACUCGUAAUCUGCUAGCAACUACAGCGUCCAAAAACUUUGAAGAUGCUAGUGCUCGUCCCGUAUGGUCAAACAUUCAAUCAGCUAGUACUGGAAUUGCCCAAAAAUCCUACGCCACGGUGGUUCAAUCAAUACCGUCAAAUUUAAACGAGAUACUACUUAAAAAAAUGGAUGCCAUUGUAGCAAAAGUGGAGGAAGAAUCUAUUGCCACCCGUCGAUCGCUAGAAGAGUUAAAGGAUGAAAUGAAAAGUCGAUAUGAAGAAACAAGACAACAUGUGGAUAUGUUAGAAACAAAGGUGAAGAAUAUGGAAAAGAAAUUCGAAGAAUUCUCUAUGCAAAUAUUUACAACGAUGCAAAAUAUAUGUACAUCUCUCUUAGCACCACAAGGUGUACAAACCCCAAACUGGAAAUCAUAUUGGCAAGAACAAAUUAAAUCAUUGUCAGAAUGCAGGUUGUCUCUCUCAAAAAUUACAUAA